AUGUUCUCAAGCACAGCGCUGCUGGCUUCUGCCCUCUCCUUCGCUGCCACCACCGCCCAGGCGGCUACCGUCGAGCACUGGUGGAACGUCACUUACACCCAGGCCAACCCCGCUGGUCUUGAAGAGCGACGAGUCAUCGGUAUCAACAACACCUGGCCCCCUCCCCCACUUACCGUCACUUCCGGCGAUGUCAUCUUGCUCCACUUGACCAACGGCCUCGGCGAUGUCGGUACCGCCCUCCACACCCACGGUCUCAUGUUUAACGGUACCAAUUGGUUCGACGGUGCCACCGGUAUCAACCAAUGUCCUAUCCCCUCCGGCUCCACCCUCGACUACACCAUCGACACUGGAACCCAGACCGGUAGUUACUGGAUUCACGGUCACCACGAUGGUCAGAACGCGGAUGGUUUGAGGGCUCCAAUUGUCAUCCAGCCUCAGAACGCUACUGGCCGAUCUGAUAACUUGACUUGGGAUGAGGAGUUUACUGUUGUCAUGGCUGAUUGGUACAACGAGGAGUACCCCGUGCUUGAGACGCGAGACUUCCUUGACUGGACGAACCCCACCGGCGCCGAGCCCGUACCUGUCGCCGCUGUUAUCUACGGUGCUUGGACCAACGGUUCUUACAUGGCUUCCAACGAUGACCUCAUCUCCGGUGCUGCCGUUUCCGACAACUUUGCUAUCAACUUUGAGGCCGGCAGGUCUUACAGGAUUCACAUGGUCAACAUGGGUUCUCUUGCUAUGUUCUGGGUCGCCAUGGAGGACCACGACCUUUACAUCAUCGAGAUGGAUGGUGUGGAGGUCGAGCCUUUCCUCAUCGACGCUGUCACCCUCUCUGUCGCCCAGCGAUACUCUAUCUGGGUCGAGGCCAAGAACUCUACCGACAGGAACUACGCUUUCAUGUUCAUGCAAGACACCGACAUGUACGACGCCAUCCCCGACGACCUUCAGAUCAACAACACCAUCCAGAUCGUCUACGACUCUGCCAACGAUGCUGCUGUCGAGUGGUCUCCUUCCAGCAUCACUACUUUCAACGACACCGAGCUCACUCCUCUUCGCGCUGUCGAGCUCUUGACUGAGCCUGAUGUCGAGAUCGUCCUCAACGCCUACUUUGACACUUACGACGACGGAACCAACCGAGCUUCUUUCAACAACAUCACCUACCAGAUGCCUACUUCCACCCCCUCCAUGUUGACUGCUUUGACCAUGGGUGACGAUGCCAACAACACCGCCGUCUACGGUGCCAUGACCAACGCCUUCACCUACAAGCACAUGGACGUCGUUCAGUUGACCGUCUACAACUGGGAUGCUGGAUUCCACCCCUUCCACUUCCACGGUCACGAGUUCCAGGUCGUCCACAAGUCUUUCGACGUUACUUCCGAUGACCUCGAGGUCAACCCCGCCAUCGACGAGAACCAGUCCAACCCCGCUCGACGAGACACCAUCGUCAUCCCCCCUACCGGUUCCGUCACUCUUCGAUGGAGGGCCGACAACCCCGGUGCUUGGAUGUUCCACUGCCACAUUGACUGGCACUUGUCUUCCGGUCUCGCCGUCGUCUUCAUCGAAGCUCCCGAGGUCUUCCAGGACCAGAGGGACCAAGUCCCCGCCCAGAUCACUGAGCAGUGCGCCGCUCAGGGUAUGGGUACCGAAGGUAACGUCGUCGGCACCUACUCCACCACCAACUUCAACGGUCAGCCCUGGGGUCCAUUCACUCUCAGGAUGGGCUGGACGCCCAAGGCUAUCGGUGCCCUCGCUGGUUGUAUCAUCACUGCUCUCUUGGGUAUGAUCACCAUUGUGUGGUACGCCUCUGGUGAGCUUGAUGAGCGUGAGCUGGAGGAGGAGAUGAGGAGGGAAGUCGAGCAGAAGAUGAGCAAGACCCCGGUGUGGAAGAAGGUGCUCAAGACCAACACGAAGGCUUAA